AUGGGAGACUUUGGGGUUUUCAAACUCCAGUCCUGGGUCAGUUCUGCAAUUUGGAGACCUAACCAUAGCCAGGUCGUGUCGUGGUUCCUAGGUCCACAGUCAACGUCCUGCCGCUCUCACAGCCUACACCAGACCAGUACUGCAUUUGGCUGUAGAUAUGAGAACUUUGGUUCACCCUGUGAAACCAGGAACCUGGAAACUCAGGUGGAAAAUGUUCGGUUACUUGAUCGUUUAUCUUCAAGAAAAGCUACACUGGGAACCUUGUAUUUAACAGCUACCCAUGUCAUAUUUGUCGAAAAUGGUUCUGAAACUCGUAAAGAAACCUGGGUUCUUCACAGCCAGAUUUCCUCUAUCGAGAAGCAAGCCACCACUGCCACUGGUUGCCCAUUGCUGAUCCGCUGCAAGAACUUCCAAGUCAUCCAGCUGGUCAUCCCUCAGGAACGAGACUGCCAUGAUGUUUACAUAUCUCUGAUACGUCUGGCACGACCAGUGAAAUACGAAGAGCUGUAUUGUUUCUCAUUCAAUCCAAAAUUAGAUAAAGAAGAACGAGAAGAAGGCUGGAAGCUUGUGAACCUCAAUGAAGAAUAUACUAGGAUGGGUAUUCCGAACACCUAUUGGCAGAUUAGCGAUGUGAACAGAGACUACGGAGUCUGUGACUCCUAUCCUACAGAAGUGUAUGUACCAAAGUCCACGACUGCGCACAUCAUAGUGGGGAGCUCUAAAUUUCGGAGCCGAAGGCGUUUCCCAGCUCUUUCCUACUAUUGCAAGCAUAACAACGCGUCCAUAUGUAGAAGCAGCCAGCCUUUAUCUGGCUUUAGUGCUCGAUGCCUUGAGGACGAACAGAUGCUCCAGGCCAUUAGAAAAGCAAAUCCAGCAAGUGAUUUCCUAUAUGUUGUUGACACUCGGCCCAAACUCAAUGCAAUGGCAAACAGAGCAGCAGGGAAGGGAUAUGAAAAUGAAGACAAUUACUCCAACAUCAAGUUUCAAUUCAUAGGCAUUGAGAACAUCCAUGUCAUGAGAAACAGUCUGCAGAAAAUGCUUGAAGUUUGUGAGCUGAAAUCGCCUUCAAUGAGUGACUUUCUGUGGGGCCUAGAAAACUCUGGCUGGCUGAAGCAUAUCAAAGCCAUUAUGGAUGCUGGCAUUUUUAUUGCAAAGGCUGUGGCUGAGGAAGGUGUGAGUGUGCUUGUUCACUGCUCUGAUGGCUGGGAUAGGACAGCCCAGGUUUGCUCUGUAGCGAGCCUUCUAUUGGAUCCGUAUUACAGAACUAUGAAGGGAUUCAUGGUGUUAAUUGAAAAAGACUGGGUUUCCUUUGGUCAUAAAUUUAACCACAGAUAUGGCAAUUUAGAUGGAGAUCCAAAGGAGAUAUCCCCUGUUAUUGACCAGUUCAUCGAGUGUGUUUGGCAGUUAAUGGAACAGUUCCCUUGUGCCUUUGAAUUCAAUGAGAGAUUCCUCAUCCACAUACAGCACCAUAUCUAUUCUUGCCAGUUUGGGAAUUUCCUGUGUAACAGCCAGAAGGAGAGACGAGAACUGAAAAUCCAAGAACGAACAUAUUCAUUGUGGGCUCACAUGUGGAAAAAUCGUGCCGAUUACCUGAAUCCUUUGUAUAGAUCAGACCACAGUCAAACCCAAGGGACCCUGCGCCCACAGACGGCUCCAUGCAACUUCUUGUACAAGUUCUGGAGUGGUAUGUACAACCGCUUUGAAAAGGGGCUGCAUCCUCGACAGUCAGUUACUGAUUAUCUGAUGGCAGUAAAGGAAGAAACUCAGCAGCUGGAAGAAGAGCUGGAAAUCUUAGCAGAGAGACUGGCGAAUCUUCAGAAAUCACAACUAAAUGAUAAUAAUAAAGUCAAGAUUAAGCAGCAAGACCAAAGCAAACAGUUAGGGCUUUCUACUUCCAAUAACAGCUUAGCUAAUACUCCCCAGGAGUAUAGCAACGAUCUGAAGUCAUUCCCAUCCUGGAGCCCUUCACAAGGAGAUGAAGAAGAUUCAGCCCUGAUUUUGACACAGGACAACCUGAAAAGCUCUGAUCCCGACCUCUCAGCUAACAGUGAUCAGGAGUCUGGUGUGGAGGACUUAAGUUGCAGGUCCCCAAGUGGAGGUGGCUGCUUGCCUAGUGAAGACAGUGGCAAGGAUUCAGAUGAGGCUGUGUUUCUGGCAGUCUGA